CAUCUGGCAUCAUUUUCUGAAAUAAAUCUGACAGAGAAAACAGAAACAACGGUUUUCUCCAUUGUUUGAUGUGAACAAAUCUUAAUGGAUUGAGAUUUUAUUGCGGAGGGAACUUAUAAGUUCGCGAAUUAUUAAAUUUUAGAAAUAUAGGGCAUUCAUCUAUAAUUUUACCAUGCUUAAUAACAAGAAAAGUCAGGCAAUUUUGCAAUGGUUCAAUUCUUUAACAACAAAAGGAGAUGUUAACUCAUUGGUACAAUUUUCAGAUGGAUCCCAUUUUCUUGAUAUUGUUGUUUCUCUGGAAGAAAUUAUUCCCAGGGAAAAUAAUUCAACGUCUACAACUAUUUGUGAAGGCAUUGCCAGCAAUGAAGACAAUACAUCUGUCGAAGAGGGGGCAGAGAAAGAGAAAACAGAAACAUCAGUUUCUGAAAGUGAGAAUGAUGGUCCUUUUGUUAAUAAAGAAGCUGAUAUACAAAAAAAAUAUGAUGUCAUUAGAAAGUUUAUUGAUGAUUUCUACCAUAUAGAGAGUUCCUCAUUAAUUAGUUAUGACGAGUGUCAGAAUGGCAAGGAAUUGGAAUUGGCCAAAGUUGCUGUCUUUCUUCUCACUGCUAUGGUGCAAACUUUAUUAUGUGUUGAAAAUGAAACAGUUUUUAAUGCAGCCUUAUUGGAACCCGAAAUUCAAGUGAAUAUUCAUGAAUGUAUGUCCUAUAUAUUUGAUAAUAAAGAUUCGGAAGAAAAUCAGUUCAAAAAGGCAGAAUUGCACAGAAUUCUCAGUCGACCUGCGAGUUUCAAAGCUACUCCUGUUAGGAGGCGACCUUCUAGAAGUACUUCAGAUCCAAGUGAUUUUUCAGAGGAUGUUAAAAAUUUUUCUAAAAAACGAAGGGAAAGAACAUCUGCAGUUAUGUACGAAGACCUUCAAGAUUCUCCUUUGAGAAACCUUCUGGAAUCACCAAAAAUUAAAUACACAACUGCUAUGUUCAGAAAGGAUUCAGAAUUGACAAAAUUAAGAAAUGCCUUUCUUAAUGAAGAAAAUAAAGUCAUGGAUUUAACUGCAGAAAAAAGAACUCUUAAUGAAGAGCUAGAAAAGAGAAAUAAAGAGAUUGAAUUUUACAAAAAAGAGCUUGAAUCGCAACGUGAAGCAUUUUGCGAGAAAGAAGAACAAGAGAGAUUGAAAACUGAGGAAUUAAAAGACAAAGAGAUGGAAGAAAAAAGACUUAAAAAGCGCCUUGAAGCUCAGGAAGAAGAAAUUAAACAAUUAUUGCAAAAUAUUGAAACUCUACAAAUGAAAGUAGAAGAAGCUGAGAAAAAGCAAAAACAAGAUAAGACAGCUUCUCUUAUUAAAGAAAAUAGCGAUUUGAAGGAUAAAAUUGGAACAUUGGAAUUAGACAGUGAAAGAAAAGUUGAGGAAAUCAAUGCUUUGAAUGAAAAGAUUGCAAACUUAGAAAAUGAUCUAAAUAAGUAUCAACAGAUGUACCAAGAGUAUUCUGCUUCUAACAACAAAGAGGAAUUGACAGCAGGAAGUCCAAAUGUACCUGAAACACUUAGUGCUAUUAUUUAUACAGAUGAGCUGAUUUCUAAAGAAACAUUAGAGAGAAAGGAUCAAGUAUUGAAGGAAGAUGUCGAAGAAGAUAGAAUUAAACAAAUUUUGAAGUUGAAGACCCGUAAUGCUGAUUUAAUAAAAGAUAUUCAGGAUUUGAAAGCUGAACUCGUUAUUAUUAAAGAAAAAUACGUUAAGAUUCAACAACUUGUAAAGAAGAAAGAUGCUGAUGCUAAGAAACUUCUAAUGGUAGUUGCCAAGAUACCAGGAGGACUGACAAAAAUCAGGGAAUUUAAAAAUAGACAGAGAGAACUGGGAGAAAGCAGAUAUCAGAACUUUAUCAGACAAAGCAAAGAGGAAAUUACUAAGAAAUGUGAAGAAUGUGAAAUAGCACAAAAAAGUAUCAAAGAUCUAUCUAAAGAACUGGAGGAAUUCAAACAUAUUUUAUUUAGAUUCCAAUUAAAUAAUCAUGAACUUAAAAAGAUGGAAAGAAAUGCAAAAUUAGAGAACGGAGAAUUAAGAAAAAAGAUUGAAGAAUUGGAACAAGAAUUGUGGUUAGAAAGAUCGUCUUUGUCAGAAAAUACUGCUGACCGAGAUAUUGCAAUUGCACAUUAUAUGUUUAAAAAGAAACAGGAGCUUCCUAAGAAAUCAAAAGAUAAAGAACUAAAAAUAAAAAGAAAAGAACAAAAGAAUUCAUCAGAACUUGCAAAAAAAAUUUCACUGAAUGCAGAUGAUGAACAGUCAACAUCAAAUUCUCUGCUGGCUAGUGGUAGCAUGCAUAACCGUUUCUUUCAAACUGCGGAUGAAGAGGAUUUCUUAAGUGAGAGCAGCCUUGCUGAUAUCUACAAUAUCAACAUCCUAGAUGAUGCAAAUGGAGAAAACCGCUUGGAGGAGUUACGUCGAAGGAACACUCUUUGUCCACCUCAUCUUCAGUCCUCUUAUCCUUUAGAAAUUCAAGACAUGACUCCUAGUGAGAAAAAGUAUUAUGUUCCUAAAGAGACUUCUUUCAAUCCUGGUAGAAACCAAGAGGAUAUAGUGCCCCCCAAAAAUUCAAGAGACCUGGAAGCUGAUUAUGAGGAUGCAGAUGAUUCCAAUACAUUCCCAAUGAAAAAGCGUAAGGUUGCUGAAACAAUGAGCAAACCUGUACCUGUACCUGUUUCCAAGACAUCAUCUAGUGUUGCUAAAGCUAAAUCCUCUACUCCAUUGAAACAGGUAUCUUCCUUUGUCAGAAGACAAACAAAUUUCAAAACACCUGUUAGUAUUCAUCAGCUUAUGGGCAUGCGUCGCAAGAAAAAGAUACCCUGAGAUCAAUAUGACUGUAUUCAUUUUUAUGCUGUGAAAAAAUAUAAUUCAGUUUUAAUAUUUUAGCAUUUAUUCAUAAGAAUGAAAUGGUGUCUUAAUUUUAUCUUUUUUCUCAUACAUUCAAUUCUAAUUUUCAUAGAAAUUUGAAUGUAAUGAUCAUUUGUAAAGUUUGUUGAGAACAAUUUUUAUAUGCAUUCUUACUUAUUGAAUUAAUUGAAAAUAUCAUUGUUUAUUUCAUUAUAUAGUUUAAUGAAAAUAAUUAUGUAAUUUCUGUUUAAAAGAAUGUGAAUACUUAUCUGUGCUAUCUUCCUGUGUUUCAUGUGUCAGAUAUGAAUAUACUUGGAUUAUCUGCUUCCUUUUGGAUUAUUGUAUAUUUUGUCAUGGUAAUUCUGUAAACACAUUGUAUUAAUGCUUAGUCUUCAUUUUAAAGCAGUCUCUUUUUAUCUGCUAUUACUGUUACCUUAUGUAUAGGGAUAUAUGUCUGCAUUUAUAUCUGUUUUUCAUGCAUAUCAGAAUUUAAAGUAGUCACAACUAACAGAUCAAUUAUUUAGGUCUGUACAUUCAAUUCUAAGUGUGUGUGUGUGUUUUUUAUUGGUAAAGACAAAAUAAUUGUUUAUUGAAAAAAGUUAGCUGGAUCAUUAUUGUAGGAAAAGCAUCAUAAAUCUUGUAUUUUUGAGGAGAGGGGAUGUUUCAGUAGAAGUUAAUCUUUUGUUUCAUACACCAUAAUAUCUGAUACACUUAGUUUUUUUUAAUUACAACUUUUUUUUUUCUCCUGUCAUUAUAAAACAAUUGGACAAAAAACACAAAGUUCAAGCUCCUAAACAUACAAAGGAAAUUGUCGACUACACUACUAUGGUAGUUAUUGAUUUGCAAUUAAUGUUUAUUGGGUGUCCCGUAGCUAUUCCAUUAUGUGUACAUUGACUUUAAUGUCCGCUUAACAGUUGAUCCAUCUAAUGAAAAGUAAAUUUAUAAAAGGGUUUUUAAUUAAUCUGGAAACUAAAUGUUUAGAUAAUGAUAUUAAAUUGUAUUGCUUUGUAUUAUUAUCUUUCUGGUAUUCUAAUUCAAUUUUCAAAUAGAAUAAAAAAUUAAUAUGACAGUUUGAUGAAAUUUUUAACUACUUUCUUUUAUAUUUAUUGUACAUGAAUUCUUAAAUGCUUUUACUUAAAAAAAAUCAAAUUGAUUUUUUAUCAUCAUAGUUGUCUGUGAACUUACCAUAUUUAAUAAGAAAGAAAGCAGAUCUACCGAAGCUUCUUCAAUUUAAUGAAUGUGUCAUAUUUUAUAUAUGAAUUGAGUAAUUUUCGUUUUGUAGCCACUUCAGUGUAAUAAUUUCUACUAACAAUAAAGGUGAAUGUAUGUGUUUCUAUAUGUGUGUAUUGGGAAUCUACAGAUAGUUACACCUGUAAUCAGAUUUAGUAC